AUGGCCCCUCUCCCACCUCAGUUCGAAAUUCGCGUUCUUGGACCAGAACACGAGGAAUGGGCUCGGGCAAUUUGUAUUCAUACAAAUCUAUUCCACUCCCCACUCUGGCCGGUUGUUUAUCCCGAGAACAAGGUCCAACGAGCCUAUCAGGCUUUCAGGCAUUCGCACUAUUUAAUCAAGCACCAAAUCGACUCCGGGAAGUCACUUGGUAUCUUCGACAAGGAAUACCAGUACAAGCGACCCGAGUCUGCAGCCACGGGAGGCAAGCUGUACUGGAAUCUAGAUGAUGAAAAUGUCACCGAAAGCGAUCUUGCAGAGCAGAUGGACUUCCCACUAGUCUCAAUUGCCAUGGCCUACGAUGGCAUCGACGAAAUAGAUAUCGAUGGGAUAAAACCCCUGAUAGCAGUACUGCCUUUGUUUGAAACAGUCUACCACGGCCUCGGGGAGCUAGACCAGCGCGAUCCUGCGUCGUGGAAGCCCACUGCCCGUGGACAAGUGCUGAUGCGCAAUGCUACAAACACCGUCCAAUCUUAUACUGGUCAUGGGCUUAUGCGACUGCUGGCUGAAGAGAUGAUGAGACGUUCGGCGGCUGAAGGUUACCGAGGUAUCCAGAUCGAGAGUCUUUCUGGGGCUGUGCAGAAGGUGUGGUCGAACCCGCCGGCACCCUUCAAGGGGACUAUCAUCGCGCAGUUUCACACAACCACAUACGAAGAGAAAAAUGCGUCAGGGGAGGUUGUGUAUCCGUUCCGACCGGCGAGUGUGAAUGUUUCUAAGAUCUUUGUCGACCUCCGGGCUGAAUAA